AUGAAACCAGCUGACAACAAGGUCGUCAACGGUUUCCCGCAGUUCAAGAACGAGAUCCUUAGCGCGACCUCUGGCACGAGCCCGACGCCAGCGACCGUCCCGAAGGUUCUGCGCGCCCGCUUUGACCUCAUCAGACGUCAUCUGAUGGCCAUUCCACAGCAGACGAAGUUCUGGAAAGACAGCCAUGCGCAAGUCUCGGCCGAUGACCUGUUCGAGAUCUUUUGCGCCGGCCUCGAUGUCAACCAUCUCAAAAUUCUCGUUGCCGACCAAGCCCCCACCGCUGAGCAGCUCUGGGACCUCUUCCAGUCCGCCGAAGGAGACGUCCGUUGGGGCGUCUAUGCCAAGAUCUUGAUGUGGCCCAACGACCACCACUACCUCUACAUCGGCUCGGCCGGUGGUUUCCCCAUCAUCUUCUCAGACGGGUCCAGUAACCCAGGCUUUUUUGAGAAUAUGGCCUACAAGACGGAGGGCCACUAUUGGGACGUGAAGCCUCUUUGGGGACUGGACGUCUCAGGGCUUGGUUACUCUCGCAAUGGCAUGACCUCUGCUGCGCGGGCCAUGACCCAUUGGGCGGAGGCGCUGCUCAUGGCAUGGCUGGACACUGCCAAAAGCCCCACCAAGCUCGUCUGGUCCGAAGGCGCACCCUAUCGUGGAACCAACCUCCGUUCUCCUGUCGUCGAAAUGAUUUAUGGCGUCUCCAGCUACACUCCAGAGGAACGGUACCAGCGUCAAACCGCAGGCAUGAAGGCCUACCGCGAGGCCAACCGGCAGUUGAUUCGAGGCCGCCAGAACGCUCGUAUGCACGGCAGUGAGGAGAAAAUGCAGGCCAAUUGCGACAAGGCUGCAGACUACUACAAGGAGAACGGCGACGAGAUCAAUCGCAAGAAGCGCGAAGCACGGGCUAGCCGAAGCGACGAGCAAAUUGCCGCCGACUCGGCAAAGCAACUCGCACAGGUUGCCAAGCUCAAGGAACGUAACAAGGCGGAAGGAAUAGCCCCGGAGCCAGCAAAGGUCGUCUCGCCGAACACAAAGGCGAGGCUAAAGGCGUACAAGGCCCAGUGGUAUCAAGAGAACAAGGAACGCAUUGUGGAUGACCGCAAGGCAAAGGCCAACGCCAAUGCCACAGAUCCAUUACAGGAGCAAACUGUCCACUCGGCACAUGCUCUCAACGCCGCCGCCACUCUCAUGGCAGCUUCUAGCCACCCCCAGGACCCACUGGCCCUGGCACUCACCCAAAAGGCUGCUCUGAUUUGCCUUCCCCCGGAUCCCGACGAGGACUCCCAAGACCCCCAACAUCUUCCUACGGCAUCCCUCCCCGGAAAUCUUGCCGCGCCAGCUGUUGUCAGGCAGCGUGCUCAGAUGAGGGCUGCCGACGGUACUGCUCUUGGGCUUAACCUGUUGGAGGCCUUCAAGGAGCUUGGCGAAGGCCCGUACUCGUCCCUUCUUCAAAAGUGCCCUCUCAAGAUCUGCAAAGCGGGCCCCUUUGAAAACUCCGUGCAGCUCGCCACGCACAUUUACACACACCGUGGACCCACCUGCCACAUCGAGGGUCCCGACGGUUCCACUUGCGGCGCUCGACUCGAUAACAACAAUACGGCGAUUCGUCACAAUGAGGCGCAGCAUGCCCUGCUGUCGCUCCUUACCUCUACGUCACUUCCGCAGUCGACCUGGUAUUGUCGACUUUGCAAAGCUUGGAUGCUCACGUACCAUGACAUUACCAUCCAUCUCAGCCCCCACAUCGACCAGAUCGUCUCGGCAAUGUCCGUCGACCCGCGCGUGAUGGCUUUUGACCACGACAAUCAAGCUAUAAACAGGGCAAUGGCCUAA